CUACCUCCAGCACGUACCCGCAGCAAAGAGCUUAAACCUCGAUCGCCAUUAGCUGCUAGCGAGAGCUAAUUAACCAAGAAGCGCUUCCUUCGCAUCUCGCAAGCCCUCACCGUACGUACUACCCAACUGUUCUUCCGGCCCACGCUAGCCAAUUUAAUUAAUUUGCUGCACGUACGACGCACCCGGCCGGAUCGCAUCGCAUCGAUAACCAAUGAUGGCCGGCAUCUCUUCAACCUGCACGAACCUCCUCCCCGUCGACCUCCGUCUGCCGGCGACGGCGCUGCUCUUCCCGUCGACGACGAGCAGCGGCCCCUCCUCCACUCUGAUGAGUCCGAUGAGGUGUGAGCGUCGUCCGCACCAGCGCCGGCGUGGUGCUCGUCUUGUGGCAUCGGCGGUGACGACCGAGCCUCCGUCGUCGGUGGUCGGGGACAUGGAGCGGGGCUCGCUGGCGGAGAAGUCCGGGCGGUCGGACGGGCAGCUGGCGCCGCGGUGGAGGGAGAUCCACGGGCGCGGCGACUGGGAGGGGCUGCUGGACCCCAUCGACACGGUGCUGCGCGGGGAGCUGAUCCGGUACGGCGAGUUCGCGCAGGCCUGCUACGACGCCUUCGACUACGACCGCUUCUCCCGCUACUGCGGCAGCUCCCGGUACCCGCCGCCGACCUUCUUCCGCGACGUCGGCCUGGACGGCGUGGGCUACGAGGUGACGCGCUUCCUCUACGCCACCUCCAACGCGCGGCUGCCCAACUUCGUCGGCGCCCGCCGCAAGCACCGGUCCGGCGACGACCCUGACGCGCGCCUGUGGAGCGAGACCGCCUCCUUCAUCGGCUUCGUGGCCGUGUCCACCGACGAGGAGACGGCGCGCAUCGGCCGCCGGGACAUCGCCGUCGCGUGGCGCGGCACCGUCACGCGCCUCGAGUGGGUGGCCGACCUCACGGCGGCGCCGCGCCCGGCGGCAGACUUCGGGAUCCCCUGCCCGGACCACGGCGCCAAGGUCGAGUCCGGCUUCGCCGAGCUCUACACGGGCAAGGACCCGUCCUGCCGGUGGUGCCGCUACUCGGCGCGGGAGCAGGUGCUGGCGGAGGUGCGCAAGCUGGUGGACCUCUACCACGGCCGCGGCGAGGAGGUGAGCGUCACCGUGACGGGGCACAGCCUCGGCAGCGCGCUCGCCACGCUCAGCGCCUUCGACGUGGCGGAGACGGGCGCCAACGUGUCGCCGGACGGCGGGAGGACGGCGCCGGUGUGCGUCUUCUCCUUCUCCGGGCCACGGGUAGGGAACACGCGGUUCAAGACGCGGCUGGAGCGGGAGCUGGGCGUGAAGGUGCUGCGCGUGGUGAACGUGCACGACAUGGUGCCGACGGUGCCCGGCGUGCUGUACGUCCUGGACGAGAGGUCGUUCCCGGAGGCGGUGCUGCGGCUGAUGGACAACCUCGGGAUGGGCGCUGUGUACGUGCACGUCGGCGUGGAGCUGGCGCUGGACCACAAGGUGUCGCCGUACCUCAAGGCGGAGACGCUGGACCUGGCGUGCUUCCACAACCUGGAGGCGCACCUGCACCUGCUGGACGGCUACCAGGGCCGCGCCCGGGAGUUCAGGCUCUGCGGCAGGGACCCGGCGCUGGUGAACAAGGCCGCCGACUUCCUCCGCGACGAGCACAUGGUGCCGCCCGUGUGGCGGCAGGACGCCAACAAGGGCAUGGUGAGGGCGGAGGACGGCCGCUGGGUGCUGCCGCCACGGCACAGGGAGGUGCAUGACCACCCGGAGGACACCGACCACCACCUCCAGCGGCUCGGCCUCGCCGCCAACUGAUCGGCGACGGCCAUGCAUGAGGAUGUGCUGCACUAGCUGCUGCGUCCUGCGUGCGUGCGGCGUGUGCAACGGCCGCGAGCUGCCUGGCUAAUAAUUGGCAAAGCUUGUGCAUGCCAAGGGUGUGUCGUGUACUCAUUUGGACGACGAGAGAUCGACUACUACACUCUACACAUCAUUACUAUAUUGUUAGAAGACAGUUUUCCCUUGCCCGCUCAAGGGCAUUAUUAUAUUCCAAAGUCCAAACUAGUUCUCGUUCGUUAUAGGAUACGUAAUUAUAAUAAAUAAUGUGAUAUUUUAAGUGUACAACUUUGCAGAUUUUUAACGAAAUCUAUUUCUUA